GGGGGGGGGGCGCUGGGGGGGGAGCUGAAUGGAACCGGACGGCGCGGCGACCGAGGCCGGAGGCGAGAGCGAAGUGGCGGCGGCGGUGGCGGUGGCUGAAGCGGCGGCCGAUGAGGAGGAGGAGGAGGAGGAAGAGGAAGGGGUGGAGGACGCGAGUCCAACGGAUUCUUCCAGCAAGAAACGAGGCUUAGCUGAGAUGCCUUCUUCAUCGGGAGUUAUAAGUACGCCGACAGGCAAAAGGAUUGGGCAUAGGGGAGUGGAUGCUUCUGGGGAAACUACUUACAAAAAGACGACAUCUUCGACUCUUAAAGGAGCUAUUCAGCUGGGCAUUGGAUAUACAGUGGGAAACCUCAGCUCCAAGCCGGAAAGAGAUGUGUUGAUGCAGGACUUCUACGUGGUUGAAAGCAUAUUCUUUCCCGGUGAAGGUAGUAACCUGACUCCAGCACAUCACUAUCCAGAUUUCCGAUUCAAGACCUAUGCACCGGUGGCAUUCCGGUACUUUCGAGAGCUCUUUGGCAUUCGACCAGAUGACUAUUUGUAUUCAUUAUGCAACGAGCCCUUGAUUGAACUUUCCAACCCGGGGGCCAGUGGUUCAGUCUUUUAUUUAACCAGCGACGAUGAGUUUAUCAUAAAGACCGUCAUAAAUAAAGAAGCAGAGUUUCUGCAAAAAUUGCUUCCAGGCUAUUAUAUGAAUUUGAACCAGAACCCAAGGACGCUCUUACCAAAGUUUUAUGGGCUGUACUGUGUGCAGUCUGGGGGCAAGAACAUCCGAGUGGCGGUGAUGAACAAUGUGUUGCCGCGAGUGGUUAAGAUGCAUAUGAAGUACGACUUAAAAGGUUCGACCUAUAAACGAAGGGCCUCGAGAAAAGAGCGUGAGAAAAAGAGGCCUACGUUUAAAGACCUGGACUUCAUGUUAGAUUUCUCAGACGGGCUGAUGUUGGACGUGGACAUGUACAGUGCUCUUGUCAAAACCCUGCAGAGGGAUUGUCUGGUGCUGGAAAGCUUUAAGAUUAUGGACUACAGUCUGUUGCUAGGAGUUCACAACCUGGACCAAGCCAGCCGCGAGAGACAAGCCGAGGGAUCACAAAGCCCUUCCGAUGAGAAGCGGCCCAUUGCGCAGAAGGCUCUUUAUUCCACCGCCAUGGAGUCCAUUCAGGGUGGGGCUUCCCGGGGCGAGUCUAUUGACACCGAUGACACGAUGGGAGGAAUUCCAGCCAUAAAUGGCAAAGGAGAGCGGCUGCUUUUGUACAUUGGCAUUAUUGACAUUUUACAGUCUUACAGGCUGAUAAAGAAACUGGAACACACCUGGAAAGCACUUGUCCACGAUGGUGAUACUGUGUCAGUGCACCGGCCAAACUUCUAUGCAGACAGAUUUUUUAAAUUUAUGAGCAACGUUGUCUUCAGAAAAUCUUCAUCUCUGAAGUCAUCUCCUUCCAAAAAAGGCCGUUCCACCUUGAUGGUUCCUCAGUACACUGGUCCUGGACAAGCCUUCUCAGCCAGUCAGAUUCCUAUGGAAGGAGAUGAGAAGAGGUAUGACCUGCGGGGCGCCAGGAGUUUCCCUACGCUCGAGGAUGAAGGUCUAAUGGGUCGACCAGAUCUACUACCCUCUACCCCACCCUCCUUUGAAGAAGCAACUACAGCUUCGAUAGCUACAACCCUAUCCUCAACAUCAUUGUCAAUAGCUGAACGAUCACCAUCAGAUUCCAUUGAACAUCACCCCCGCUACAGACGGCCUAUGGUUUCCUCAUUAUUUGAUGCAAGUGUUCGGUCAUUUGAUGAGACGAGAGUGGAAGAUGAUCUUCAGCAAAUCGCAGUUGAGCUGGAAAAGACAAGCAUCGAAUCUGAAGCAGUAGAAGAGCCCAAGGAAGUUCCUUCAGCAACUGCAACUGAGAGUUCAGUGGUGACAUUGGAAGCAGACACUGUGAGCCAGGUCUCUGAGGUAGCCAGCCAGGCCUCGGGAGAGGAUGAGGAGGAUGUCCCAGUGACUGAUAUAUACUUUUAAAUCUUAUUCAGAUUAUUUGAAAAUGGAAGUUCUUCUGGAGGGGAUGGCGUCCUUUCAGUCAGAAGCUGCCUCACUCAUUGCAUCCGCGUGAUCCGAUGGCUCCGUUCAGUGAAACUGGCUCCCAUUACCUGCAACCUGAGCAGAGGAAACCUUAGGAACUGAGCUCAUCGUGAGGAACGCUGUUUGUGAUGCAGAAACAAACUUAUGCCUAACUUGGCCCACACAGCAACCAUCCCGUGUUUUGUUUAGCUGUUGCACACUGUGACCCCUCACUGUCUCCUUGUUCCCUUGCCUAGAUGAAGCAUCUAGAUUUAUUCAUAAGUUCAUUCAUUCCAUCAGUGCAGUUAAAAGUUGAUUGCGUAUUUCCCGUAAGCAACUUCACAGUGAGUAUUUUUUUUAACUCCCAAGUAUGUGCAGGUUUUGAUGUGCUCCCAGUGAUGCAAAUCAUGUGUAAAUAAUCAAACUCCUCCUAUGUGCAGAGGUGUUAUUUUGUGUGCGUGGAGGUGGGCGGGCGGGGGGGUGUUUGGAGGGUGGGGAGAGCUUAAGGUCUUGUCCGAUUAUCUGUGAUUGAGUUAAGUGGCUGAGUCGUACAAAAACAUUGGUACCUUUAAAUAAAAUAUCCUGGAAGCACAAUUCAAACACACUGCAGGUUCCAGAAAUACUUUCUCCUUCCACACACUGUAUAUAGGAUGAAAGGUGACUAGAAUUGACUCUUCCAAACUUAUUUGAAACUUGAAUAGCAUUUUCAGGUGCAAGCUGUAACAAAUGGUUACAUGACAUCCUCCCUUAGCUCCAAAUCUCUAAUCGCAAUAAGUAUCAUAAGCUAUUGAUUAACUGGUUUUACUUUGGAAAUUGAGAUGUCCAGAAGUGUGCGCGAGUGUGUGUGUGUAACGAUUUGUCACAAACCAAAUAUUUAAUCCAUGCAGUCAAUGAUAAAUGCCAAAAUGUUGAAGGAAUGAUCAAUUUUUUUAAUUAAAAAAAUGUGAACUUA